AUGGCCGCCCCAGCUCCGCCCGGAGGGCUCACACAGCAAGAACAACAUUGGAAAGCUGCUGAGGCAAAUAUCCCGUUGCGGACCCCAGUAGCUACGCCCAACGUUCCUCCCCAGAACAUUGAAGCCAACUAUUUCGCUUGUGGUAUCAACCCAAAUACGACGAUUCAUCGAUACAGUAUUACAAUUGGAGCCAACUGCAGCAAUCAUCAGCAACAAGUACAGCCAAAUCAGACUCCUAAUGUUCCUCAAACACCAAGAUUGACAAAAAAAGCAAAGCGUGCCCUUAUUGAACAAUUGCUUGCAUCGAACCCGCCAAAUCAUAACUUUUGGGCAUGCGAUUAUGAUUCUCUUAUCAUUUCUGCUCAGCCCCUUUAUGGCAAUCCAGUUGUAGGCAUGGUCACACCCACUCCUCACCCUCGUACUGGCAGCACUACCAUGGUGACCUCUACAGUUACUUACAUUGGCGUCGUCGAUACCCAGUCUUUGCAACAAUGGGUUAACGGAAAUCAUGCCAACCAAAAUUGGGACCCUUCGCCCGUAUUAAAGGCUCUGAAUAUCAUCACGUACAAGUUUAUUUCUGGUGCGGCAUUUCAAGGAGGUGUAGUGGGAAAGAAGUUCUAUCCUCAAACCCUUGUUAAUGGCGCUAUGGAGGCCAAUCGCAACAAUCGAUUGUUUACCAUUCGUCGUGGAUUUUUCAGUUCGAUGAGAGCUGGAGACCGCUCAGUCUUUCUUAACGUCAAUAACACGACCUCAGCGUUCUAUACGGCAAUCGGGCUUGACAGGUGGAUGUGGCUCAAAUGGGGCCCUUUCAAUGGCGCUCAAGGUCCUGGGUUUCCAAAUGCCGCGGAAUUUCAAAGGUUCCUCAGGGGCGUUCAAGUAACUUUUAAUCACUCCCAACAAACUCCAAGACGUCAAUGGAAAAUCUUUUCUCUUGGCACGGUGCCUUUUAGUGCUCAGACAUUUGCCAAUGGGGUAACGAGCGUGGAAACCCACCUGCGUACAAAAUACCCGAGUUUAGGUAAUAAUCCUACGUUUCCAGACCCCAAUCUGAGAUGUGUAAACGUCGGGUCACGUACUAACCCAAUAUGGUAUCCUAUGGAUUGUUUGACAAUUGUUGACUGGCAACCAUAUACUCGCACACUUGAUAGUGAUCUCAACCACAACGGUAUUGAUUAUUCUAGAGAGAUGUUAAGAAUUUCUACUAUGAUACCAAGCGUUAGCAAACCGUUGAUAGAAAGGCAUGCGCUACCUUAUGUUGGAUUUCCAAGUAGUUUUAAUAUACCCUCAAGUCUUCCCGCCAAUUUUUAUCAGCUAUUUGGGCUCGCUCCGCAAGGGGGGUUUGCGCCAGUCCGAUCUGUCGUGUUUCCUCCUCCUCGGGUAGUUUACCGCAAUGGCCGCGCAACAGUCCAACACACUGCGUCAUGGGAUAUGAGGAAUAGGGUUUUCCACACAUCACCUCCAUCUUUUGCCAAUCACCCGACUCUGGAUAUCAUCUAUAUAGGUGGUAAUUUUAACGGCCCCAAUCAUACCAACUCUCUCAUCGCCGGUCUCAGAAACUAUGGUGUUUUCUCCAAUAAUCCAAUUGCGGUCCAAAGAGCAGUCGUCAACCCGCCUGCAAACCACCUCACACCAACGCAGUAUAGACAGCAAUUUGUUACUGCUCUCGAUACUGCUCGUACAACUCUUGAAAAUAGCCAUGCUCGACAAGUUAGGUUGAUUAUGGUUGUUCUUCCAAGAAGCACUAAAAUUUAUGCGGAGGUAAAGAGGUGGGGAGAUUGCAUUGCUGGGCUUCCAACGGUCUGUGUCGAUCAAGAUAAUGUUUCGAAGCUCAAGAGCAAUACGCAACCAAACGGCCACGUUGUUAGUAACAAUCCCCGCUUCGUCGCAAAUCUUUGCAUGAAAUUCAAUCUCAAGUUAGGUGGUCAGAAUCACACUUUACGGGUAUCCAACUCUGCCCCCCCUGGUACAUUUGAAGGUUUCGGUGACCGUGUCAUGUUUAUUGGCGCUGAUGUGACACAUCCAGGAAGAGAUGUAGAUGGAUGCCCUUCUAUCGCUUGUGUCGUAGCUACAGAUGGACAUGCUUCAAAUCGAUAUCUGGGCUCAGCAAGAUUACAGACGGGCGGGCAGGAGUAUAUUUCCGACUUGGAGGGAAUGAUUCGGGAGAGGCUUCUGGCCUGGCACAGCAAAGCCGUAUCUGAUGGAAUACCGCCUAGAGAACGAUGGCCACGCAGCAUUGUUUUCUAUCGUGAUGGUGUUAGUGAAAGUCAGUAUGGAAUGGUGUUGCACAAGGAGUUUCCACAAAUCCAGAGCGGAUGGAAUGCCGCAUGGGCGAGUUUUGCAGGUGCCAAUCGGAAUGAUUUGCCUCCUCCAGCAUUUCAGCCUUCUAAAGUUAUAGUCGUUGUCACUAAACGUCAUCAUACACGUCUCUCUCGCCGGACUAGGCAAGACAAUGCCAACCUACCCAACCUACCCUCAGGAACCCUGGUCGAUUCAACAAUAGUCUCGCCCAGCUAUGACGAGUUUUAUCUUCAGAGCCAUCACAGUGCUUUAGGUACUGCUAGAUGCACUCAUAACGUCAUCCUCGAAAAUACUAGUACCGCCACAACAGCACAGAUAGAGAAACUCACAAACGACUUGUGCUGGAGCGGCUCCAGAGCUCUAUGUAGUCUCUCGGUUUGUACGCCAGCUCGAUAUGCAGAUCUUUUGUGUACGCGUAUGAGAGCAUACUUAAAGCCCACUUUGAACACUCGUACUCCUUUCAUUCCACAAAGUUUCAAUUCGCCAAAUCAGCAAGCCGGUGGAAAUUUAAUUCAGCCAGGACCGACUCCUGCGCAUUAUGCCGCUGAUACUCGGAUAUGGGCCGCUGGACAAAGAAGAAAUCCAUGGCACCAGAGUCUCGAGAAUGUUAUGUUCUAUCUUUGA